UUUUAUUCAAGCCACAGAGCGGCGAACAGUGCAGUUAACGGGACUGUUUAUCCGCUCCACGCGGCUUACCGCGAAAAUUCUGGCGCGCUGGCACCAUAUUAUUACCAAACGGACAGUAGUCACGGUCCACGAUUAGGUCUCAUACGAGGGUACCACCGUCAUAUGUACGAACCGAUACCCCAGCAGGGACCGUGUUGUGACUGCGCCCCCGAUCGCUCAAAAGGAGCGCAAUCAUCUGAAUGUUGUAACUGGGGAGUGGCUUGUGGUUGUGUACUGUUGAUAAUCGGGGUCAUAGCAAUUCUGAUGGGGUUUAUGGUGCCUCAAAAGCCUCAAAAAAGUCGCCACUCCCAUGUGUCGCACGAGGAAAGAAAAGAAUUGCAUCAGAUCAAUCUUUUCAUUGAUAUUUUUGUCAUAUCAGGACUUUCAGUCCUCUCUAUCGGAGGUUUGCUCAUUUCUGUAGCCCUGUUACUGCCUCUACUCAGGCGAAGGACCGAGCACCGAUGCGAAGAACCGAUCAAAUAUUUCGGCAGCGAGGUUUACGUGAAAUCCGAACAGCUACCGCUGGCAAAGUCCGGAGCGCCUUCAAUAGAUCUGGGUUUUCACAAGGAUGUUGUUCCAGGCGAUUUGUUCUACACGUUCUGA